AUGGCGACAGGCCCGGCUACCCAAUCGCUCAAGUGCGUGGUGACCGGCGACGGUGCUGUCGGUAAAACAUGUCUUCUCAUCUCAUACACAACCAAUGCUUUCCCUGGAGAGUACAUCCCGACCGUCUUCGACAACUACACCGCCAGUGUGAUGGUCGACGGCCGGCCGAUCAGCUUGGGGCUUUGGGAUACCGCGGGACAAGAGGAUUACGACCGUCUUAGACCUUUAUCCUAUCCACAAACCGACGUCUUCCUGAUUUGCUUCUCGAUCGUCAGCCCUCCAUCGUUCGAUAACGUUAAAGCCAAGUGGUACCCAGAAAUCGAGCAUCACGCGCCCAAUGUCCCCAUUAUUCUGGUCGGAACCAAGCUCGACUUGAGGGACGAUCGCGCCACCACCGAGGCUCUCCGCCAGCGCAAGAUGGAGCCCGUCUCCUACGACCAAGCCCUCGCUGUAGCCCGCGAGAUUCGAGCACAUAAGUACCUGGAGUGCUCCGCGUUGACACAGCGCAACCUGAAGAGUGUAUUCGACGAGGCCAUCCGGGCCGUCUUGAACCCCCGCCCACCUCCCAAAUCCGGGCGGAAGAACAAGUGCAAGAUCUUGUAA